GCAAGCUGCUCCCGUUGUCUUGCGUACAGAACCAGAAACAAGCUUGGUUCAUUCUCACUUUGAGCUCCCUAACAGCUCUGUUAGAGGUGAAUUUCUGUGUGUCAUAUAAACCAAGAAGUAACCUGCAAUGUCUCUGAGAGGUGAUGUUUGUGUUGUGACCGGAGCUGGUGGGUUUCUGGGGAAGAGGCUGGUGAGGCUGCUGCUGGAAGAAGAGAAACUUUCUGAGCUCCGACUGCUGGACAAGGAAAUCAAACCACAACUUUUACAGACCCUGGAAGACUGUCGAGGAGACACAAAGUUGAGUGUUUUCGAGGGUGACAUCAGAGACGGUGAUUUCCUGAAGAGAAGCUGCCGAGGUGCUACGAUGGUUUUCCACACCGCCUCCAUCAUCGAUGUGACAGACUCUGUGGAGUACAGUGAGAUGUUCAGUGUCAAUGUCAGAGGGACUUGUCUGCUCCUGGAGGCUUGUAUUCAAGAGAAUGUGUUGUUCUUCAUCUACACUAGCAGCAUCGAGGUGACGGGGCCAAACUCGAAGGGUGAACCCAUAAUGAACGGCACGGAGAAUACCAUUUACGAGUGCACGCUGAAGUUUGCCUACAGUAAGACCAAAAAAGAGGCAGAGGAGAGAACCCUGCAGGCCCACGACGAGGUGCUCCCAAACGGACACCGAAUGUCCACUCUCGCCCUCAGACCGAUGUACAUCUAUGGAGAGGGCUGCCGCUUCCUGCUGGGCCACAUGAAUGAUGGGAUACAGAACAAUAACAUCCUGUAUCGUAUGUCUUGCCCUGAUGCUUUAGUGAAUCCUGUCUAUGUGGGGAACGUGGCAGUGGGUCAUCUCCAAGCCGCUCGCAGCCUCAGAGAUCCUCAAAAAAGAGAUAUUGUUGGAGGAAAGUUUUACUACAUUUCAGAUGACACACCACACAUUUCUUACUCAGACUUUAACCACGCCGUGAUGGCUCCUCUAGGCUUCAGCAUUCAGGAGAAAAUCAUGGUGCCGCUCCGCCUCUUCUACUUCCUCUGCUUCUUAAUGGAGAUAGUGUGCAUGAUCCUUCAGCCUUUUGUGCAAGUUGUCCCACCGCUGAGCCGACAGCUCCUCACUAUGCUGAACACCUCAUUCAACUUCUCCUAUCAGAAGGCUCAGAGGGACCUGGGAUACAGCCCCCGGUUCACCUGGCAGGAAGCUCGCAAACGAACCAUUGAAUGGCUCGCUUCACAGCUGCCACAGGAGAGGGAGAAAAUCAGAGCAAAUAAUCAGAAAAAGACCUUCAUACCAUUUUAAAACUGCAGUAUUAAAGUAUUAAGUGAUAAUGGGA